CCGAAACCAUAAUUGUUUGAGAACUCUAUUGUGUAUCGCAGUGACAGUCAACACAACAAACACGUGAUAUGUUUGACACAACCAGUGCUGACACGUGUUGUGAGUGAAUGUAAGUCAUGAAUGAAUUGCCGCCAAAGCAUACCAUUUGAUGACAUGUUUUCAUUGUUGACACUCUUUUGUCUUAUAUUUCUCAUCAAUUGAUCUCUUGUUUAUCGGACUCACAAAUCAUGAAUACCUUCUUCAAGAACUUUAAACAGUCGUCGACUACACAGCCGACAGAAGAGCCCAUGGAUGAGGAAGAUGUGGUCAAAGUAAACAUCAAGUUAUCAUUGAAACCAUGGGUCGAGAAAUACCGACCCAACACUAUUGAUGAAGUGGUCUAUCAAACACAUAUAGUGUCGAUGCUGUCCAAGUACUUGACCACUGAUUGUUUUAAUGAAUUACCGAAUCUAUUAUUAUAUGGACCGCCCGGUACGGGAAAGACGUCUACAAUCAUAGCGUUGGCUAAACAACUGUUUCAAAAUCAAUACAAAAACCGAGUCUUAGAGUUGAACGCAUCGGAUGAAAGAGGAAUUGGUGUCAUUCGUGAAAAAGUCAAGUCAUUUGCUCAACAAUCUGUGUCGACGACCACUAAAUCAAUUCCCGCUUUAAAACUGAUUAUUCUCGACGAAUGCGAUUCAAUGACACGCGACGCACAAUCAGCUCUUAGACGAACUAUGGAAAGGGAGGCCAAGACUACCCGAUUCUGUUUGAUAUGUAAUUAUGUUUCCAGAAUUAUUGAACCACUGGUCAGUCGUUGUUCAGCGUUUCGGUUUAAACUAUUGGACUCACAGUUAUCGGUUGACAAGUUAAGACAAAUUGCCGAUUUAGAGUCGGUUCGUAUAAGUGAUGAGUUGAUCAACCAAUUGGUCACAUUAUCGGAGGGAGAUCUUAGGCGUGCCAUCACUUUAUUGCAAUCUGUUUCUCAGAUUAAAGAAUCUGAUGAAGAAGUUGACAUCAAUGACAUACAUGAAGUGGCCGGUUAUAUACCAAAUCGAUUUAUCGACCAAUUUAUUCAAAUAUGUCGGUCUAAAUCAUACGAAAACUUAACUGAUUUUGUCACAGAACUGAUAGCCGAAGGUUAUUCUGGCGCUCAGUUUUUGUUACAAAUUCAUGACUGGCUUAUCGAUUGCGACCAACUUUUAUUGUCAGACAAACAAAAGUCAAUUAUUAGUGAACGCAUUGCUUUCAAUGAUAAAAGACUUCUCGACGGCGCCGAUGAGUUCCUACAAAUCCUCGAUAUCGGCGCUAUUGUCCUCAAAACAAUUGACAGACAAUAAAUAAAUUAAUUAAUUAAUCAUUUAUUCUGUAUAAUUAUAAUUUAAUUUGUAU